AUGGGAUCAAAGGACUGGAAAGCAGCGACAGUUGUGCAACAACAUACAUCACUCAGAUCUUACAUAGUCGAUGUAAGGGACCAAAGAAUGGGACGAAAUAGAGUGGCAAUAAGAACAGACUCCCUCAAGUCACAUGCAGGGUAUCAGAGCUGUCAUGCAAACAUCGAGGAGGCAGAGACAGAUCCUGAGAAACCAUGUGUAGUGCCGCAUGCAGUGCCACCACCCAUGCCAGAUGCACGUAUGGAGAAGCUACCAUUAGAUUACCAGCCAGACCAGUCAGUCACAAGGAAAAGCCCAGCAAGAAAGAUACCGCCUUCACCUGAAGUAGCAGCAACUAGGGGGUUGACCCUGUACACAACUUGA